UGGAGCGCGGAGUUUGACAAAACUUCUGCGAAAGAAGAGAAUCCUCGAUAUGUGAUCCCCUCUUCCCCGUUCAUGUUGCGACAGCUUGACUUGAGUUGGUUCUUCAGUGGUCUACUGCAACGAAAGAGAAACACAAAGAGAUUGAGUCCUACAUAGAGAACAAACUUCUUGAAAACCCAAAGCUCAAGGCUGCCUAUCGUUACUGGGAAGCUACGAUGGUCUGGUUGAUCUCACAGGAAGUUGAUUUCGUGUCACAAGAAAACUUCCAGCAGGAGAGGAUUCGACCAUCGUUCUUGAACCAUGACAUUCAUGCCAGCACGGCAGCAAUGUUGGCCUACAACAGCACGAGAGAAGAGAUCCUUGACGGGGAGAGGAAACAACUUCUCAGACCCAUCCAGUGGGAAUUUGCUGAGAUUAGAAAGGCAGCAGUGAUCAAAGAUGACAUCAAGCCUGUCGACAAGAGCAAGAAGAAGAGCAGCAGCAAGAUGUUCCUCCGACUGCCGGAGUCUCCGGGCCCACACGAGCACCACGAUGACCAUCGUCCUGCUGCUGCCAAGACUGCUAGGGAUGGCGUCGGUCGAUUGCAGACGCAGAGGUCGCAGACGUCAGCAGCUCAGUCGACCUUGACCCCGAGGUCGUUCGUGUCCUCUAGGAUGACUCGGAACUUCCUCCGUUCGGCGAGGAGAGCGAUUUCUUCCAAUGGCGCUGCAAGCAAUCAGCUCCCAUCGGUUGUGGUCGACAACAAGCUAUUAGCUCAGUUGAUUGAGCAGACUUCACAGCUGCACACCUAGCAACCCUUUCUUGUACCAUACAGAGCAGGUUGAGCGACGUUUGUUUACUGAUGUGACAUAUCCGUUAAAUUUAGGCUUCAACAUU